AUAGUAACUCCAGGCUUAGAUCAAGUGCCUAUUUGGGUCACAGCUUCACUAGUAAUCGCCUGAUUUUUGAACUGGGAUUGAGGCAUCUUUGUAAGAACCUGAUCAAUUUUAAUUUAAAAAUUCUCGAAUCCCGUAUGCCUAUUGAAUUUGAGAAUGUUCUUAAGCAUCGAGAUUCAUCAAGAUUGUCUUUGAAGUUUCCAAAAAUAAAGAUAGGUGAAUUACAGUUAUCCGAACUUUGA